CUGUAUAAGGCAGACGUCUAAUGUGGCUUCUCAAUAAUCCAUUAUACCAAUAUUUCGAUUUUCUGAUAGGCUGUGAUAGCAAGGGGUAACGGUACAAUCCCCAGCCAGUCAGCACCUAUCAAUGGGAAAUUGAUAUUAGCUUCGACCACAGCCCAGCGGUGAAGUUAUUAGCAGCGACGCCAUCGAAGCAUGUCAUAGGUUCGUGCCUGGGCCCCCCAGAUCCCUUCGUCCUGGUAUCCGAGAGCUGUUGGCGCUUCGGUGUUACAACGUUACUCAACUACGCCCUGGUACCUGACACUCUCGAAGCCUCAGAUACACAUAAUGUACGGAGUAGGCAGGGACAAGCAAGGGAAGGCAUAAUGAUCCCUGACACGAUUAUGUCCCUAUCACAUACAUAUCACACCUUAUGUAUACCUUAAGGUCUUAUGCAGACCAAUGCCUCCCUCCCACAUUGCAAAAUCAUAGUACACAGCGAAAAAAGACCUCCGGUCGCAAUGUGCUAUGCAAUAUACAAAACGUGCUCUACGACACUUCCACUUCUAUGAUUGCGAUAUUCUGGCGGGGCACAGAAAAGCAGCUGGUCCAAAAGAAGAAGAGGGCCGAUCACCACCACCACCCCACCCCCCUGGCAACGGCAAAAGACUGGCGGUGAUUGGGUUAGACAAACAACCACCAGCACCACCGCGGUCUAGGCACAGACCAAAAUGGAGCGAUCCCUAGAGGCAUUCUUCCCUGAUGAAGCCAGCGGCGGCAUUUUCUCCAGGACGGGCGCCAUAUUCGGAGGAGGGAACAAGACGCCAACAUCCACGCGACCCAGCACCAGCAGCAGCGGUUCCCGGCGAACAAUCAACGCCUCGCAGUCAUCGACGGGCUCGACCACCACCACCGCCUCGACGGCCAGCAGCUCCGGCGGCCUCUCGCGCAAACCCUCGUUUUCGCGACUCACGAGAUCGCCUCCCAAGCCGCCGCCGACGACUGUAGCGUCGCGCUCCUUGUCCUUCAGCUCCGCGUUCGUCGUACCGAGCUUCGUCACCGCGGAUUCGAGUCGAGAGAUACCUCCUGUCCCUGUUAGGACCGCCAACGGCCGCAAGGCUUCGAUCGCUUCGCUUCAAUUGAGGGGUGAUAAGGGCCGCGGCAUUGGGGAAGGAGCUGGCGUCGCUGCGUCGGAGAGAGAGUCGUGGUCGUCCACCGCGGCGUAUAGCAAGAUGAUUACGGUGCCGUUCAGUCAGGGAGGGGAGAUCAAGCAGAGGUCUGGGAGCGCGGCGGGCGCCAAUGGCAUGGCUCCUCUGUCUGCGACUAUUUCGAAUACGCCGGCUAGUCCGUCGCUGGAAAAUAUUACAUAUCAGCAUAUACAGGAUGUGGCAUCGAAGAGAAUAUCUACGCUGAAUUAUUUGAAGAAAGCUCAUGAGGGGAGGGUAUACUGGUUCAAUACUUUAUUAUUCAACAAGACCGAUCUGGCCCGGAUGCCAUAUUUGGACCAGAAGAAGCUCGCCAGACGAGCAACAAACUAUCUACUUUUGGGCGUGUCACUGCCUUCAGUCCUCGACCUCAAUUCUACCAAUGCCGUCGAUUUCCUCAAAACUCUCAACGCGCUGCUCGCAGAAUUCGAAUCCUACCAACUAGCACACCCCCCAGAUGGCUCCUCCGGAUCCCUCUCACGAGGGCGGCUACCGCAGAUGUUCAAGCGUGCCGCGAGCUCGACGAACUCCAAGGGCAGGCGGACAAGCUCAGCUGCAGAUAUCGGCUUGCCAAUGGGCAGCGAGUCGGACUUGAAGUCGAUCUCUGGUGGCAUGUCCACCACCGGUAUCGUCGCUGCAUCGUUUCCCGCGAGCGAAAACGAUUUGCUUCCUGGCGAAGAGUACAAUUUACUUAUUACGCCCUCGCUACCUUUCGAGCCGGACUUCUACGAGACAUUCGCAACUCUAUGUGAUGUCUUGAUGGACACCUAUACGAGACUUAUGAGCUUGUUAGCUUCGCCGAAGGACUGUAAUACGCUUAUAGCCGACAUGUUCUCAAAGGCCGAUGGAAGGGUCAGGAAGAUCAUUGUCCAGGGCGUGGUGAAGGAGUUUGAGGACAGCUGCAGGGUUGGCGCGAAGAGCGAGGUUGCGAGCAUUGGGAAGGUCGUUUUGGGAGGGCUGAUGUGACGCAUAUCAACAACUAUCUAUCUAUUGGGAUACUAGGCGUACUGGGCGCAUCUCAUCGAUUUAGGGUCGUGAGAAGGAGCAUUGGCAUGAAGGGUUUUCAUGACGGAGUUGCAAGUGUGUUUUAAAAUAAGGGUCUUGGAGGAGGUAUUUUUUUGGGUUAAUUUUGUUUAAUUAUGUAUCGUGGGCACAAGCAUUUCAUACAAAAAGAUAUGCUUGAAAUAUUGCUCUCUAAAAAAGUAAUCUAGAG